ACGUCCAAUUACAUUACUGUUCGUUCUUACGUUGUGUAUGCUACUUGUCAUUCUGUAUUGUGCGAAGUGUAGUGAACUACAAUAGUAUUAUAAACAAAAAUGUACACACUCAUACAAAAGGUAAUAGAUUUAAACGAAUUAGAUAUGUGGUAUUUAACUGUUAUUACUCCAAUAGCAAUAUUGGUAGUAAUAAUUAUGAUACUGCGAUUGGAAGGCAGAAGAAAAAGAGUAUUGGCAAAUAAAAUACCCGGUCCCGAUGGUUCGAUUUUUAUUGGCAUGCUACCAUUAUUUCUACAAGGACCGGAACAACUUAUCUUAAAAGGAUUAAAAGUGUACCAAAAGUAUGAGAAAUCUUUAUUUAAAGUAUGGGUCUUAAAUAAUCUAUACAUUGUGCUCACGCGACCUGAAGAUAUAGAAAUGGUCCUUACUAAUCCAAAAUUACAAAAGAAAUCUAAAGAAUACUUGGUUUUACAAGAAUCCAUCAUGGGUCAAGGAAUAUUUUCUAUCGAUGACAUAAAAAAAUGGAAGAGUAACAGGAAAAUGGUAUCUGGAGGCUUCAAUUUUACAAUUACAAAAUCUUUUAUACCUAUAUUUUACGAAGAAUCUAAUGUCCUCGAUGACAUACUGAAACAAAAAUGUGAUUUGAAAUCGAAUGAGUGUGAUAUAAGUGUCCCUGUUAGCAUGGCUACAAUGGAAAUUAUUGGAAGGACUGCAUUAGGUGUAAAAUUUAAUGCUCAAAAUGGUGGUCGUCAUCGAUUUGUCGAAAAUUUACAAACAGUCAUGCACGCAUGGGAAUAUAGAGUUACACAUCCGUGGUACUUGAGCAAAACAUUAUUCCAACUUUCAUCAGUCAAAAAAAAACACGAUCAAAGUCAAAAAAUCAUAAACGAGUUCACGGACGAAAUAAUUAAAAAAAAACUUGAUGAAUUGAACCAAAAUGCGAAUAAUAAAAAUAAAGUAGAAACAGAUGACGAAGAUGUUUGUCGGAAAACAAAAACAGUUAUAGAAAUUUUAUUAGGAAACUAUCAUGAAAUGUCACAUGAGCAAAUACGAGAUGAACUUGUAACCAUCAUGAUUGGAGGACAAGAAACUACUGCUAUGGCCAAUGCAUGUGCAAUUUUUAUGUUAGCUCAUCAUCCAGAUGUACAGAACAAGGUGUUUGAGGAAUUGCAAUCAAUAUUUUCGACCGGGGAUCAUAAUAGACCACCAACAUAUGAAGAUUUACAACAAAUGGAAUAUCUAGAACGAGUGAUCAAAGAAACAUUACGAAUUUUCCCUCCUUUGCCAGUGUUUGGUAGAAGUUUAGAAGAGGAAAUGAAAAUUGGAGAACAUUUGUGUCCAGCCGGUUCAACACUGAUGGUCAGUCCACUAUUUGUACAUUCGAGUGGCCAGUACUACACUGAUCCAGAGAAGUUUAACCCAGACAAUUUUUUGCCAGAUACGUGCCGCGGCCGACAUCCAUAUUCAUUCAUACCGUUCAGUGCGGGAUACAGAAAUUGUAUUGGGAUCAAAUAUGGCAUACUCCAAAUGAAAACCGUUAUAUCGACACUAGUGCGGAAAAAUACAUUUUCUCCGUCGGAAAGAUGUCCCACGCCUAAACACCUAAGAGUUAUGUUUUUAUCGACACUUAAAUUUGUCGACGGUUGUUACGUCAAAAUAGUACCAAGAACUUCGUAGAAUAAUAUAAUAAAAUGAUACACAUUUUGUUCAUUACAUUAGUAUUCUAAAGUGAAAAUAUUUUUAGUUUUUUUGGUACUUAUACUUAAGAAAUAAGAAUAACUCAAUUUAAAUUUAGUAUUAAUUAUAAAUACCAACC